GCUGACGAGUACUGUUUAAUGCAUUGUGGGAAAUGCCGUUGCGACAACAACAAAGACGCUUUACUGAUUUUAAAAGCAAUAUUUACACAAGAAGAACGAUAUCUUAAUUAUUUAUCACUGUAAAUUGACGUACACAAACAUUGCAUUCAGAUUAUCAAAAGAAUAUUUGAAAAGACCAUAGAAUUCAUUUAUAAAGCCCCCAUCUAUCAAAUUAUACAUAAUGGAACAGGUAAAAACUACUGGUAACGAUAUGGACGAUUUUGAUGAUGCAGAGUUAGAAGAAUUGUACAGCUGGAUUGACGGUAUUCCACUGUCCAGACCAAAAAGAAACAUAGCUAGGGACUUUUCUGAUGGGGUUUUGGUAGCAGAGUUAGUAAGGCAUUGUUGUUCACAAAAAGGUUUGGUUGACCUUCACAACUACACAGGUGCUAACAGCGCAAAUAAAAAAGAAGAAAAUUGGCGUUUAAUGAACAGAAAAGUUUUUACCAAACUGGGUUUUGAACUUGGGGAUGAUGUUAUGCGAGAUGUGAUAACAGCAAAACCAGGAGUUAUAGAAAAAGUCUUAAUGAUGUUACGCACAAAACUGAAUAGAGCAGAAUGGGAAUUAAAGAAACAAACCCAAACAAAGAGCAAAGGAGGGGGAGGUAGAAAAGAAAGCGAUAAACCAGAAGCUGAUCAGUACAUGGUUGUUAAAGGAAAUGACCCAUGGGGUUGGGAGUCUGAAUUUCUGGAUAGAGACUGGACAAGGGGAAUUAAAGUUUAUGGAUCACCGAGAGGAAAAGGAAUGAAACAAGACACAACUAGAGGAUACCCCUUUCUUCAGAGAGAUCCUCAGCUUGAGUUGAUAACUCUGUACAAUCUAGACAGGCCAGAUUACCCAAGUAUCCCAAAACACAAAAUUAUAAGAUCAAUAGCUGAAAGUGAUGCUGUACCAAGGAUUUUAUUUGAAGAGAAAGAACAAGAAUGUCUAGCUAAAGAUGAAACUAUAAGGAUUCUCGAGGCCAAAAUUCACAGAAUGGAACAUUUAAUUCAUUUAAAAGACGUGAGGAUAGAUGACUUACAAAACAGACUAGAAACAAUGCGUCCAACUGGAGUACGGAGGAUGUAAAAUCUUAAAUUGGAUUACAACAACUGGGUAAACAUGGACAUUGUUUGCAAUAUAUAUGUUAUAUUUUUUUUAUUCAUCAAUGUUGACAGUGCACUUGAUAAAAAAUUAUAAUGGCAUCACAGUUGUUUAUUUUUUUUGUUGGUAAAAAGGUAACAGAAUGUCAUCAGUUUGUUGUUACAUCAUGUCUAUAAAUAAACAUUCCUUUGACUCAUCUAAUUCAGAACAGUGUUUUACCUUAUGUUUUGUUUUUCACACACUUAUUUGUAAAGAUAUUUUUGUCAGGAAGUUUGUUUUGGAAAUACAUUGAAUAUCAGACAAAUAAUGAACAAAUUUUGUCCUUCGCUUGUUUUUAAAAAGUGUUAAUUCCACAUACAUAUUUUACAAAGUAUGACAUAAAUAUGGGUUUGGUUUACUGAAAUAUGGAAAGAGAAAGUUAACUUAUUGGAAAGUAUAUUAAAAAUCAUAUUUGCUAAAAAAAACCAAACA